ACCAGCCGCGCAUGCGCAGUGCCUCCCCCCGCGUCCCUGUAAAGAUGUCUGCGCAGGCGGGGAGGGAGCGGAGCGGAGGACCCGAAACCAGCGGACGGAACCCGCGACUCUCCGCCAUUUAACGGGCAAGGCAGGUCGAUGUCAUUCUGACGAGCAGCUGAGAUGUCCAAUGACAGCCAGGGAUCGGUGAAAGGGGAGGCGGCCAUCAUGCCGUCUCCCUCUGGCCCCGCCUCCUCCCAGGGACCGCCUCUUUCUCCGUCCACCACCUCCAAACCACCUGAGCUUCCAGAUGAACUGGUCCAGGCUGGAUGGUCUAAGUGCUGGUCUCGGAGGGAGAACCGACCGUAUUACUUCAACAGAUUCACCAAUCAGAGCCUGUGGGAGGUCCCAGUGCUCGGUCAGCAUGAUGUCAUCUCUGAUCCGUUAGGCCUGAAUGCUGCUCCAGCAGAGGGCGGUGAUAGUAACCUAGGUAACGGUCAGAGGAAGAGGAGCAGCUCUGAAGAGCAGGGGGCGGGGCCUAACAGCAUCAAAAGAGUCAAGGUGGAGCCAACGACCCCCAUCUCUCCCAGCACCCCUGGGGUCAAACCCUGGAACUCCGCCCCGAGGACAAACCGGCCCUACCAGCCCUACCGGCCACCCACAACACCAAGCCCUGCCCCCGCAGUGUACAGGCCAGCUGUUAUCUACUGGGAUCUGGACAUCCAGACCAACGCGGUGAUCAGAGAGCACCCCCUCCAACCACCUGCUGCCCCCCACCCUGAGAUCGAGCUGCAGAGAGCUCAGCUGGUCACUAAACUUCGACAACACUACCACGAACUGUGUCACCAGAGAGAAGGUAUUGAUCCGCCCCGGGAGUCGUUCAACCGCUGGCUACUGGAGAGGAAAGUGAUCGACAAAGGUCACGACCCUUUGCUGCCGAGUGAAUGCGACCCCGUCAUCUCCCCGUCCAUGUUCAGAGAGAUCAUGAACGACAUUCCCAUCAGGUUGGCACGUAUCAAGUACAAAGAGGAGGCCCGGAAGCUGCUGUUUAAAUACGCUGAAGCUGCCAAGAAGAUGAUUGACUCCAGGAAUGCGAGUCCAGAGAGCAGGAAGGUGGUGAAGUGGAACGCUGAAGACACUAUGAGCUGGCUGCGCCGAGAUCACUCCGCCAGCAAGGAGGACUACAUGGACCGUCUGGAGCACCUGAGACAACAGUGUGGUCCUCACCUCACCGCCGUCGCCAAAGACUCUGUGGAGGGAAUCUGCACCAAGAUCUACCAGCUGUCUGCAGAGUACAGCCGGCGGAUGAGACAGACACACCUGAGUAUGCUGCAGGACCCCCAUGUGUGUUCAGAGGCGAGUGCGUCCCCCCAGCAGUCCCGGUUGGUCUACUGUUACCCGGUGCGUCUGGUGCUCCCGUCGCCGCCCCUCCCUCGAGUCGAGCUGCACUUCGAGAACGACGUGGCCUGUCUACGCUUCAGAGGAGAGAUGGUCAAAGUCAACAGAGGUCACUUCAGCAAACUGGAGUUGUUGUACAGGUACAGCUGUAUAGACGAUCCUCGCUUUGAUAAGUUCCUGUCCAGAGUCUGGUGCCUCCUCAAGAGAUACCAGGUGAUGUUUGGCAGCGGCGCUAACGAGGGGACGGGUCUGCAGGGGGCGCUGCCAGUGUCGGUGUUCGAGGCGUUGAUCCGACAGUUUGGCGUUUCCUUCGAGUGUUUCGCCUCGCCGCUCAACUGCUACUUCAAACAGUUCAGCUCCGCCUUCCCCGACACCGACGGCUUCUUCGGAUCCCGAGGGCCGUUCCUGUCUUUCUGUCCAGUCAGCGGCUCGUUUGAAGCCAACCCUCCGUUCUGUGAAGAGCUGAUGGACGCCAUGGUGACACACUUUGAGGAGCUUUUGGAAAAGUCCUCUGAGCCUCUGUCCUUCAUUGUCUUCGUCCCUGAGUGGCGUGACCCCGUGACCCCGGCUCUGACCCGCAUGGAGGCAAGUCGAUUCCUCCGUCACCAGCUGAACGUCCCGGCCUUCGAACACGAGUAUCGCUCGGGGAGCCAGCACAUCUGCAAGAGAGAUGAGAUGUACUACCGGGCGGUACACGGCACUGCAGUGAUCUUCCUUCAGAACGACGCUGGUUUUGCGAAGUGGGCGCCGACUCCGGAGCGUCUGGCCGAGCUGUUGGCAGCGUACCGCCCAUCCCCCUCUCGCCCCGCCUCCCUGUCCUCUCCUGGCCCCGCCCCCAUUACUCCCGGAGACAAAGACUCCGCCCCCAAGGCGGCUGAUAGGACGCAGAGCGGGGUGAUGUCGCCUGGUGGCCAGGACGAUAACAACAACAACAGCAGCAACACCAACAGCAGCAACAGCAGCAACACCACCCCCCAUCCCCACUACCACCACCACCACCGUCACCGUCACCAACAACAACAACAACAACAACAGUAGUAGUAGUAGUACUAGUAGUAGCAGCAGUAGCAGCACCAGUCCUCCAGAAAAGAUGGCCGCCGUGUAAAGGGGGCGGUGCUUGUACUGCGACCACGCCCCUUCACCUGUGUAAAGUUUCUCUGUUUUUGAUCGUCUUCAUGUCUCUUCAGAUUGUCCCUCACCAGCACCUGUAGCAUCUGUCCACAUACCCAAAAUGCAGUUCUGGACUUUCACAUCCCAUCCCCCCCACCCCUCCACGUUUCCUCCCAUCAGCUCUUCUGAUUGGUCGGAGCUCUGACAUUAAAGCUUCUGGAGCUUUUGACUCACCUGCAGCUGAUUCACCUCCAGGUGUGGCUGCUCCCGUUGCUCAGCAACAAGCAGCCAGUUAGAAGAUGUAGUCGAGCUCCAGCAAUAAAAACCUUUUUUCACUCACCUGUGAUGUCGUCUGUGAUGUCACUGGAAGACUUCUGAUUGGUCCCCAACACCGAACAGGGCUCGGUGAUUGGUUGACAAGGCAGCUAUCGUUUCUAUGAGACUCGUCUUUCCUUAUUGAGUUGGAAAGAAUCUUCAGGCCCCGCCUCCUCUGGGCGGCCUGGCCAGUCGGUGCACGUCCUUCAGAGCAUGAACCCUCCCAGUGUGCAGUGCAUUGUGGGAAACUCGUUGGGCAGGAGUAGGCGGAGCGUUCGCAGUAAGUUUAUAUUUACUUGUUGAAGGAGGCGGAGUCAGAACUAGGACUAAGACUGGUCAGCAAUGACAGACGACUCUUUUUUGUUUUUGUUUUUUGGCCAGAGACGUGACAGAUGUUGGACCAGGUGUGUUUGUUACCAGGUGGAGAUGAUCCUCCAUUUUAUAUAGAGUUGUGAAGUGUGAGAAGUUAAUUCAGGGUUCCUGUCAUGUUUUCAUAGACAGAACCCUGUUUAACACAUAAAGCAGCAACACGUUUUUUUUUCCUCCUUGUAUCAAUACUUUCUCAAAAUAUUUUUCUUGCCAUGUCAAUUUUUUAGGAAAUAUAUUCUGACCUUUUCUGUUAAAUGUCUCUUUUUGUUUCAGUUUAAUACUUAAUAUUGCAGAACAUGAACUUGCAAUCUGGUUUGAUUUUAGUGUUGAACAUGAACGAAUGUUUACGGACAGAUCUUCAAAAAGAAAGCAUUUAAUAAUUGAAGAAUACUCAAUGAACCAGCGACUCCUCACACUUUGUAACUCGACACCGCGGAUGUAUAACAAGAACUGGACCCCGGACCCCAAGAUGGCGCCUUUUUCUUAGUCUAUUGAGAAUUGCUAGCCCUGGGCAUACACCAACCAAAACAAAAGCCCAAUCUAACCCUCUCUGAAAAACCAUCAUAGUGCCCACAAGUUUCAGCUCCGCCCACAUACUCUACAUAGUGAUGACGUCACACAUUUUAAAAUCGCUUUUUUCAGACGGAGGAAUGUUUCACAAUUACAAAUCCUCCAUGAAUUGUAGUUUGGGGUUUCUUGUAAACAGUUUUUCUACAUUUCCCUUUUCUGAUUAUGGAAAAGGGAAAAUGUUUUUGGGGCUGCAGUACCGCUCGUGGCCACUUGGCAAAACGAUCUGCCGUAUCCAGUUCUUAUUACACAUCCAGUCUGUUCUCUGAUUGGCUGACGAGUCGUCCUAACGGGCGUCUGUCUCCGUUUGACCUCAGUUUCCGCCCCGGCUGUGUAGAUAAUGUACAGUUAAACUGAUAUGAAGUCUGUUGAUGUUAUUUUCCUCAUCUGCUGUUAAAAUUGAUUGAAAAAAAAACAAAAAUGUAAUUGUUCCUUUUUUUUAAAAAUUUGAUUUAAUUUAACAUUUUUUUUUUUUAAAAGAGAUGGAGAUCUGUUUUUCUGUAUUAUACAGCUUAUGAUAGUUUGUUUUAAACUAAACCAAAGUGUUAUUAAGAAAAUCUAUAUCUUGUAUGUAAAAGUAGACGUGUGUAUGCAUCAGUAAUGCUGAAGUCUAACCAGCAGAUUACUCCUCCACGUUAUUUUUAUAAUUCUCAGCUGUUCUCAUUGUUUUUUUAUUUGUUCUUUAGGUUAUUUUUGGGUUCCGUUGUGCAUGAAAUCUUUUUGGACUCUAAAUGAUGUUCGUAAUCCUGAAUGUGUUUUUCAGGCGCAGUUUUUGGGCUGAACGGCGUCGCCGCGUCACAAAAUGUUUCUUCAACUUUCUAGUUUUAUUCAAAGUUUUCUUUAAAGGAACAAUCCAACAUUUUGGUAUUUUGUGUUUUACUGUUUGGUUGUUGGAAGGUAGAUUUGUUUUGUUUUUUAUGGCACCAAGCUAGCAGUUUCCCCCUGUUUCUAGUCUUUGUGCUAAGCUAGGCUAAUGUUGGACUGUCCCUUUUAAUAUUUCUGGAAACACUUUGGUGCGAAUUGGAGAUGUUUUAUUGUAGUUAAGAUUAAUUGUUCUCUCGUAAUUACAAAUAAUUUGACUAGUUUUCUGGUCAUUAUGACUUCUGCAUUUCAUAAUUUCAAGAAAAUCAUUUUCUCAAUUUUUCUGAUUUGUAUAAAAUAAUUACAAAUUCUUGUAAUUAUGAGAAAAUGAUAAUUGUGAUAAACUUUAAUCACAAGAGAACUGUUUUAAUUGCAAGAUUUUUAUCUCCCCAAAAUUUGUCUUUUGUGCUUGAGAUCCAUUUCUAAUAAUUACAACAUAAAGAUCUCUUAUUUAUUAGAUUAAUAUUAAUCACAUUAUUGAAUGAACAUAUUUUCUUACAUUUUUAGCAAAGAUUUCAUGACAGAUUUCUUGUAUUUAUGGCAUUCGUAUCUCAUAAUUACAAAAUAAAGAUCUUUUAUAUGAGUUUAAAUGUUUUUAAUUAUAAUUACGAGAACUUCCUCAUUAUGAGAUACAGAUCUUGUAAUUACUAUGUGAUGACUUAAUGUAAAAUAUUUCAAUUUAACUACAAGAUUUUUCUCUCACCAUCAAAAAAUGGAGAUGAAUUGGUCAAAGUUACACAAUGUUUAAGUGUGUUUAUGAUUUAUGAAGUUCUGAUGGUUAUUUAAAGAUUGUUUAAGCUUUAAUUAAGAGAUACAGCCUCGCGAUCAUAAGCUUAUGAAACAGAAGUCACAAUUACAAGAUGACACCUCCAGUAGCUUUGUCUUUGCUGAAUACGAUGUUUCUUUAUAGUCUUGAUUGAAACCAGCAAGUUUUGUGUUUCCCAUAGAUUCAGUGAAACCACUGGUCUGAAUAUGAAAUGACCUUCAGUGUGAUGUCACGUGGCGAUGCUGCACAGCUGCAAAAACCUCUGCCAUGUUUGCGGUCCUCACAGCUGGAGAAUGUAAAUACAGUCUGUCCUUUUAUCCUGCCUGCAAACAAAAUGCAGCUUCACUCUACCAGUAAAAACAUAUCCAA